ACACCUCUUCCUUAAAAGGCGUAAAAACCGAAACAAAAUUAUGGCAAGCGAGUUGCAGUCUGAAAGUCAUCAUAAAAUCUAGAAUUAGGCUGCAUGUUAUGAUUUAAUGCUCUAUUAAAAUAAUGUACCAGCAAUUAUAAUAAAACGGCGGUAUACGAUUCCUCUGUUUGCCGUGGACGAAUUUGGUUGAUAUAAUACAAGGUACGCUUAACUCUUCUUCUCAAGACCACUCACCAUUAGCUAUGGCCAAGUCUCUGCACGCAGUCAUGGUGCCAUUCCCUGUACAAGGGGGUAUCAAUCCUCUCAUGCAAUUGGCCCACCUGCUUUCAGAAAGGGGAUUUUUCAUUACCUUCGUUAACACAGAGUGGUGCCAUCGCCGGAUGUUAGAUGCCGGUGGACAUGCUCUUCAGCAACCAGCUGAGGGGUUUAGGUUUUUGACCAUCCCAGACGGCUUACCGGCAAAGCAUGAGCGUUAUACUGAUCUUAUUACUUAUUUAAGAGCACUGGAAAAUUUAGCCCCUGUUUUGGAGCAGCGUCUUCUGGUCACUCUUUCCGAAGGCAUCCCUCCCAUCACAUGUAUUAUCGGUGAAAGCUAUAUGUCUUGCACUUACCAGCUGGCCCUAAAUCUCCGAGUACCCAGAGUUGUCUUCUGGACGAUGUGCGCGGCCUUGUCUAUUUCGCAGUUUAAAGCAGAGUUACUUCUCUCGCGGGGACACAUUCCUGUGAAAUUGGGAGAAGCGAAAAGGGCAGAGAAUUUGAUCACUUGUUUGCCGGGUAAUCUCCCGCCUCUCUUGCCGACCGAUCUCAUCUCCUUCUACCGCGCUGAGAGUGCCUCGGAUGCUUUAGUCAAAAGAUUUCUAUAUGAAAGCCAAAUGCAAAACAAAGGAGAUUACGUGCUUGUGAACACGGUGGAGGAGUUGGAAGGAAGGGAAGCAGUAGCAGCACUGUCAAUAAACGGCUGUCCUGCGAUGGCAGUAGGUCCUCUGUUUCUUCCCAAUUUUCUGGCGCACAGAGAUGUCGUUCGGUCCACCAGUAUGUUCGCAGAGGACGAGAGCUGUCUCGAAUGGCUGGACGCGCAGCAGCCGGCUUCUGUGAUUUACGUUUCCUUUGGCAGCACCGCCGUCAAAUCGAAGCAACAGCUCGAAGAGAUUGCGCUAGGGUUAGAAAACAGCCAGAGGCCUUUUCUGUGGGUUUUGCGAAAGGAUAUUGCACAAGGGGAGCCUGGUAUUUUGCCCCAAGGGUUUUUAGAGCGGAUCAGAGAUAGAGGGCUGAUUGUGAGAUGGGCACCGCAGGUGAAGGUUCUGUCCCAUCCUUCCGUUAGGGCAUUUCUUACCCACAGCGGAUGGAACUCUGUCAUGGAGAGCUUCAGCUUCGGGAUUCCUAUGCUGGGAUGGCCAUAUUUUAUGGAUCAGUUUCUCAAUUGCAGAUUUGUGAAGGAUAUGUGGAAGAUUGGCAUGGACUUUGAGGGUGUGGAUGUUGAUGAAAAUAAGUUGGUUACGAGAGAAGAAGUGGAGAAGGGGGUGAGGAGGAUUAUGGAAAGUGAAGAGGCGAGGCAACGGGUGUUUAAAUUGAAGGAGGCAGCAAUGAAAGCAGUUAACCCAGGUGGAUCUUCUUUCCUCAAUUUAAACAAGUUUGUCGAAGAGAUUACCCAGAUUGCCAAAUCAUUUGCCCGUUGAAUGUUAAAUGAUUAGCUGGGAGGCCGUGAUUGUGAAACCAUGCCGUCUAUGUUCCAGGUUACGAGAAACUGUAAAAUUUAUUGUUUCAGAAUCAUUAUUGUAAAAUUUCUGGGGUUUUAACGAGUUGCAAAGUCGUUUUCCCUUCA